GGGUGGGUGUGUUUGAAGGUGAACUUGUAGCAUAUGGUAAUCAGUCAGUGGCGGAGAGCUGUAUAAGUAUGCAGGCUGCAAGCGACACAGAUCACUCCUCUCCUUUGAUACUCCUGGCAGAAGCUUUCAUUUGCCUAUCUACACUCUCCUCUAUCUCAUCAUGGAUGAUUAUACAAACAGAAGAGGAACAGUGGAACAUUUUAAAAAAUAUGUGCAUUUAAAGCUUGAUGAUUUGAGAGAAGUAGCUCGAGCUUCUGUGUUUGGAAACCAGUACAUUUUCAAAAUGAAUAUUCCUGAAUACCCCAAACCAGAAUUCCAUGUGUCUCAUCUGAAACAUGACACAGGCCGAGAAUCUUUGUGUCAGGUAUACAAAGAUGGAGGCUUCAAGGAUCCUUUAAAUGGCGCAGAGGAACCAGACAAACUGUCUCUGGUGUGGUGGAGUCUGGCUGUGGCACCAGAGGAGAUCUUGUCAGCUGAGAGGAUGCUCCUGGAGAAUACCUUCCCACACCGGACCGAGGAGCAGGCCCACAGACAGCAGAACUUCCUGAUGGACUUUGCCACCUCUCCAGCCUUCGGUGAGAAGUCCAGGUAUGGCUCGUACCGCUUCACCUUCAUGGUGCAGGAGGUGCUUAAGGCCUACAGCGAGCAGUUUUGCUCUGGGAUGCUGCCUGUCAUGCGGGUCUUCAAGACUUCCCUGUACAAACAAGAAGUGAUGUAUGCUGUGCUGGUCCACAGCCCAGAUGAUGACGAGGCUUUCAAACAGUAUCCCAAGCUGGUUGAUGAUCCAAAGGCCGUCUGUGCUUACAGAGAUGGACGUUUCAUCUGGACAUCAGAAGCCAUGUGUGAGACACACCGGUAUGAGUUGAGAAGAGAUGAGGAAAACAACCUGGCAGUCGUUGUUCCUUCCUGUAAUGAAUAUUAUGUCUGGGAUAACGUGGCCCUCGCCCUGUAUGUGAAGAGUGGACAGGUGCUGAAGUUUGAUUCUCAUGAUCUGAAAAAGAACCUCUCAAUCUGUGAGCGUGCUCAAGGUGUACCUCAAUCUGCACCUGGUUUUGAUACUGCCGAAGAGGCUCGAAAACUGGUUACUUCUUUGGGCUGCUGAAGAAGGAGGUUUCACUCGAGCAGUUUCAGAGAGCCCUCUUGUGGAAGAAAAAAAAAGAUGAUGAGAUGAUUAAAAGGAGUCUAAAGGCUGGAGGGAGACAGCAGCUUCAGUCUGAAGUCUCUAAUUCAGCAAACAUAGUCCUUAUUUUUAAGAGAAGAAACAUAUAACUUUAUGUUGGUGUGGUGAAAGCAUUUACAGGGUGUGGAUUUCACGUUUUAUAUUGUAAUGUUUGGUCAUGCCGAGGCUGUCUGGGGUGAUGGUGGAGGUUAUAUACAAACAGAACAGCCAGGAGGAAAGAAAUCAGACAAACUGUUUGACAUGACUUUCAUUUUAAUAGGCCAUCAGCGGUUUGUUUAAUGAACUUCUCGUGCUCACUAAAUUCACAGUAAAAGACAACUGAUAAAACAUACAAGACAAUAUGAGGAGAAACAUAUGAUCACGCGUAUUUGUGCAGUCUUUUUUGUCUGGGUGUGAUGUGUUCAUGUACCUAAAUUAAAGCAAAAUCACUUUG